AUGAAAGGUAACCAAUCGAUUUCUAUUGAGUGUGAUGAUGCGAUUGUUCAUCUUGUUGGUUAUAAUGACGAAGAACGAUAUUAUGUCUCUCUCGAUACUCGUGGUAUGCAUCUUGAUUAUCAAUUUCGUGUUAGUACUACUAUUAUUGCUCUUUACAAUCAUGAUCUAAUUUAUACGCUUGAUAAUGAUUUUCUUUGGGAUCAUCGAACAUGUGAUUGUGAUUGUGGUGGAAACUAA